AUGACCUUCAAUUGUGCUUUAAUGAAAGAUGAAAUAAUAUAUCGUCGUUCUCUAUACGUCGGAUCCUUCCCUGUUGAUGAGCAGGACAAUGCAUGCAGAGCCCAAAAGGUCCAAAGGGAGCUUGAGUCGUUAAGAUGCUUCACACGCAGCAAAUCUGUGAUUGUGUGCGUCUCCAUCAGUGGCAUAAAAAUAUCCUCAGACGAUUUGAAAAUCGUUUAUAUGGCUCAUGCUCUUCGCAGGAUAUCUUACGCUACUUGUGAUGCCGCUCACAAACAGGUUGCUUUCUUGGCAAGGGAACCAACAGGGUCUGCUAAUAUGCAGUAUUGCCACGUGUUUGUUACGGGAUCGUCAUUUGAAGCGGAAGAAUUAAAUCGAUUAAUUGGAAACGCUUUCAAAUUUGCCUAUGUUCGACAGCGCCUUAUCAAACUUCAACAAACUGGAAAACAUGAUUUUUCCACUCCAGUAAAUAUACCUCAACUUAGCGAUUGUCAUCCUAUUUGGCUUCCUCAAACAGAAGGAAAUUCCAUUAGUCUUUCUUUGUUGAAUACUCUUAAACUACCCUCACCUCCAAAGUUCCCUCCCUCAACUUCUGUCGAAAAAGGAACUACAGCUGAGCGGCAAACUAGUCUGUCAUCUUCUGGGAUCCAUUACACCAAUGCAAAUAUUAUUUCAACGUGUAAUGAUCCUGUUGCUAGUACCAGCACUGUUAUGUAUACUUUGUGCCAUGAUUCACUCGAAUCAUCUACUGUAAAUAUGUACAAAAAAGAUGCCGUUAAACACGAAUCUUUACCUGUGACAGUAGAAAAUCCUACAACAUCUUCUUCUUCGUCGGAUAACGAUCCUAACCAACUUUCUGUUCAUUCAGAUUCUGUGCUCAUCAGGGAUAAAGAAGGACUAACUAACAACAGACAGUCUAAUAAAGAUGUUAGUGAAUUGGAGAAAAAACUUCACCGCAUUUCGACUCCACAAGCUAUAGAUUUAGCAUUCUUGCGUCGCAAUUUUCUUCGAAGAAGUGAAGGAAAAGGGUCUGAGAACUCGAAAAAUGUCCGUGGUGGUAGUGCCAGACAACCACGCUUACGCCAGGGUUCAACUCUCUCAAACCUCCUGUCGUCCGCACGACAUAGCUCUUUUUUUCCAAGCUCUUCUAGUUGUGCUAUUGAAAGUACACAUAUUCCUAAAACUUCACAGCCACAAGAAAUUCCAGAUGUAUCUGACACAUUAAGCACUCCUAACCCAACUCGCAGACCACCUAUAUUUGUGGAUCUUCGAACUUUUGCUGGGGGAAGUCCAGUUGUUGCAUUAAAAGAACGUUUAGAUGCUCAAGCUAUCGCAGAUGCCAAGGCAUCUGCUUUUGCAGAGGCUGCAGCUGUCCUUGCAGCUGCGAAACAGGUGUCAUCUAGAUCCUCAGCUCCUUUGCAACCAGCUGCAAAGAAUGCCUCGGAAAAUGUAGAACAGCUAAAUAAAGCAACACUAUGCCCUUUUACCAGUCGUACUCCGAAUUCGUCGUCCAGUGAAAAUUCAUCGUCGAUGGAAACUUCUGAUUUAUCUCCACCUAUACCUCCAGUUAGAAUGCAUUCACUCAGAAAAAGCCAUGAACACUACAAUUCAAAGCAUUUUUCACGUCAUUUAUCAACAUCCAGUCCUGUACCUGAAUAUCACUUUAACGAAUUAAAUAAAGAUGAAGAUCGUGAAAUUGUUGAAUCAAUCGAAGCUGUUAUGAAAGCAGCAUCAUACGAUUCAAAAAAUUCAAAGGAAACAAAAUCUAAACAACAAGAUACAGAAUACAUUUCUUCCAAUAUUACUUCAUUUCGUGAUACUACUUCACUGAAUAAUACUCCAGAUGUACCUUGUCAUUCAAAUGAUUUUAAGCAUCAACAUGUAGAUAGUUCAAGGAUUUCGCAACCUAAUGUUUCUAAACAAACUCAAAAUAGUACUAGAUCAUCACAAUUUAAUGGGAAUUUACACUGCUCUUCUGAAAACUCAUAUCUUCUCGGCAAUAUUGCCCUACAGUCUCAACCACAAUAUCCUUUUGAUCAACUUGUUGAACUCAAUCGCAAUGAUAUCCAACAGGAGAAGACUCAUUCAUAUACACCCAAUGUAAAUUUUAUUAGUUCAUCUUUUCGUGAUCCACUCCAUGUUUUAGCCGAUACAACAGUUCAGGAUACGCAUAGAAAGCAAAUAUUUCCUUCCACUGUAUCCAACAAUUUCCAUGCUACGCCUACGCCAGGAUCGAUAAUGUCAACGUCAUCAAUUUCGACAGAGACUCCAACACCAACGGCUACUCCUACACCAACUCCUGAACAAACCUCUCAGUCUCAAGGUUUCAUAAAGAAUGCUGACGAUAGUGAUAGUUCCUUAAAUCAGGCACCUUGGUUUCAGGCUUUGCUACCCAGAGAAAUAGCAUUUGAAUUACUUGCUAGAGAAGAGGUUGGCAGUUUUUUAGUUCGCAACAGCGCUACUCAUCCCGGUUGUUGUGCUUUAUCUGUUCGAGUACCAAACAAGGAUAAUCCGAUAGGAAUAACUCAUUACUUGAUACAAAAAACAAAUCGAGGUGUUCGUCUAAAGGGUUUAGACAAGGAGUGGCCAUCCCUGCAAGCUCUUAUUACUCAUUUGACUGUCAUUCCAGAGAUGCUCCCAUGCCCUCUCAAACUUCCACAGUAUACUACUAAUCCAAUCUUUACCCAAUUUGAUCUACAAUUGACGAAUGGCCCAUCAAACGAAAUUAUCAAACAACAACGUAACUAUAACAUCCGAUCAUCGCGAACAGAAAUGGGUGAAAAUAAUCGUGUCACUAAUUCAGACUCAUCUAGUCACCAUUCUCAGUGUAUACUUCAUCCAGUUGCAGAUCUUCCCUGUAGACCAGUUCUACCAUCAUGUGCUACUGUUUCUCAUAUCAACCUUACUAACCCUUUUGAUCAAAACUUAUCAUCCCACAAUGUGAUAGCGAAAGAUCCUCAUGUUGUUGGUAGUUAUCAAGCAUCACAAUUCAAAUCACAAAUCCCUAGUUGGUUGAUAAAUCAAUCGAAUAAUGAUCAUUUGUCGACUAAAACUUCACCACAGAAUUCAAAUCAAAUAUCAAUGAAUAUCGAUUCUAUACAUUGGAAACAAAACUCUGUAGAUUUAGCAUAUAUUUCACGUUCUGAGCACAUAGAUAAACAACAAUCGAUUAAUGAAACUAUUGCCAGAAAUAAUCGAAAAUUAAGUUACACAACAAAUGAUUUAUCACAAAAUAAUGCUUCUUUAAUGCUGGAUUACAUAGAAGAAGAUGAAGAUUAUCAACGUUUGUCUGAUUUUUCUUCCAUAUUGGCUGAUUUGAAUAUUGUGCAUGAAAGACCGUUGACUAGUUGUUGA